AAAGCAGCUAUAUCUUGCUACAUGUAGUCUUGUUCUCCAACUUGCCUAGUCCAAACUCUGCGCUUACGUCAAUACGUUGCUUAGGAAGAUCAACUUGCUUCCAUCCAUUGACAAAACAACACCAAAAAGACACACAAUGGGCAAGACAAUCAUUGCCUUUGAUCUCUACGGGACAAUUCUAUCGACGUCAUCGAUAGCAGCGCACCUAGAGUCGCUCUAUGGCAAGGAAAAGGCAGCAGUCAUUGCGGCACAGGCACGCAUCUACCAGCUCGAGUACACCUGGCGAAUUAAUUCAAUGCAAGGCGAUUCUCAUUCACGCCAGCCCUACCAUAACUUCAGCGAAGUAACCCGCUGGUCUUUUCGCCAUGCUACCAAGGAGGCCGGUGUUGCUAUGACACAAGCUGAGGAAGAUGGCAUCCUGAACGCCUACAACGGCCUCGAUACGUUUGAAGAUGCAACCAAGGGGCUCCAGAUUGUUGCCAGCAGUGAUGGACUGGAUGCAUACAUUUUUUCCAAUGGAACACCCGAUAUGCUGGCUGCUUCGUUGAGCUCGUCUCCCGGAUUAGCCAAAGCUAACGCGAGCUUCCCUCCGUCGAAAAUCAUAAGCGUUGAUGACAUUACCGUCUUCAAACCGGACCCGCGGGUAUAUCGAUACCUUCAGACAAAGGCCCAACAAGCCGGUGGUGAUGAUAGUGCGGAUAUCUGGCUGGUAUCGUCGAAUCCAUUUGACGUUGUAGGCGCAGUGGCAGCCGGUCUGAAAGCUGCUUGGGUCGGUAGAGGAAACGAAUGGCUUGACGGGCUUGGAAAUGGAGCCGGAUAUAAUCCAACUAUUAUUGUCAAGGGUGUAGAUGAGGCUGUUGAAGAGAUUCGGCGACGAUCGUCCUAAGCAAGCUGUCGUUGACGCUGCAUUGAAGCGUAUUGUUUAUCAACAUGUCAUAAGUUCACACUUGACAUUAAAAUAUUGUCUUGUAAAUAUUAUUUUCUUCCUUUGAAAUUUAUUGCAUUCAUUCAACCAGCUAUGUCAUCAAGUCCAUAAUGAUAGGCUUUUAGCAGGGGAGU